CACCAUGAUUUCGCGGCCACUUCCGCUCGUUUUCCUCGCCGGCCUAUUCAGUCUCAUCUGGUGGCUGUCGAACCAGCCGCUGUUCGCCUUGCACCCCGAACGGCAUCGCAUCUCCAACCUCGACCUCGUGCUGGGCCAUCAGCUGCCCAACCGCGACUUUUACUCGUCGAGCCAGGCGCGGGCCUUUUGCCAGGCUCAUGGCUAUCAAGUCUUUGCGCCUCACGCCGCGUCGGGCGAGCGCAAGAUCUACGACCUCGUCAUGGUCAACACGGAGCUGGACUGGCUGGAGAUCCGGCUCGAGACCAUGUACGACCACGUCGACUACUUCAUCAUUGUCGAGUCGCCCAAGACGUUCCAGGGCGGCAACAAGGCGCUGAUUGUGCUCAACCACUGGGACCGCUUCCAGCGCUUCCACGACAAGAUGAUCUACCACCAGCUGACCUUUCCCGAGUGGUUCAGGCCCACGCGGCCCUGGGACUACGAGGAUCUGCAGCGCGACGCCGGCUUCGACCAGGUUUUCCCGCAGCUGGCCGGCCGCUCGGCGCCCGUCCUCGGCGACGUGAUUCUCGUGGCCGACGUCGACGAGAUCCCGCGCCCCGAGACGCUCUUUUUGCUGCGGACGUGCAGCUUCCCAGCCCGCCUCACGCUGGCCUCGCGCUUCUACUACUACUCGUUCCAGUUCCUGCACACCGGCCCCGAAUGGCCCUUUCCGCAGGCCACCUUUUACCGCGGCCAGCGCACCAUCCGGCCAAACAACCUGCGCGCCGGCAUUGGCGGCAUCCCGUUGCUCCGCGAGCUCGACAAGGGCCACCUCUCCAACGCCGCCUGGCACUGCAGCAGCUGCUUCGCCACGAUGGAGCAGUUCCUCAACAAAAUGGCCAGCUUCUCGCACGUGUGGAUGAACAACGAGUACUACCGCGACAAGGACAUCAUUGCCGACGCGGUCCGCGAGGGGAGGGACGUCUGGGGCCGCAAAAUCGACACGUUUGACAAGAUUGAGAGGAACCUGGACGUGCCGGCGGUGCUUUUGCGGGAGAGGAACAAGUACAAGUACAUGCUGGAUAGGAGUGGCAAGUCUGCUGGGUUUACUGAUUACCCGUGAUUUUGGAUAAUGCAUAAAUAAGGGGAUCAAGUUUAGAGCAGCGAGAUUUGUAAUUGUAUAUGGUGGGAUUUGGCACUACAUUCGACAAUU